GCUGCGGCUCGGUGCGCAGGGCCGGCCCCGGGAUGCCGCCCUCUCCUCCCCGGUAACUCCAGGACAGGGGACAUGGAGCGGGGUGUGAGCCGAGCUCCGGCCGUCUGCACCCUCCUCCUGCUGGGGAUCGGGCUUCUGCUGCAGUCUGGGGAGGCGGAAGUCAUUGCAUCCUUUGGUCCAUUCUCUCUGCGAGCUAAUGGAAACUUAACAUUAACCAACACCACCUCAGACCUAGAAGAAAGUCUUUCUGUGUCUCCGUUAUCACCAGACCCCUCUGGCACAAUCACUGUCCUUCCUCUUAAUUCUGUAGAAGCUGUAGACCCACAUUUAUCUGAAGAACCAGCAUCUCUUUCCUCUGAAGUUCCAUAUCCUUUAGGUACAGUUACUCCACAUCAGACUACUAUACAAGGUGCGGAACCCACGGCCACAGCUGAGACAGGAGAACUUGCUACGACGUUUACGGUGUCCUAUCCUCCAGACCCUUCAGAAUCAUUGUCUACUCAUUUUCUGAGCUCAGCUCAAGCUGUAGAACCCACGCUUGCAACCAGGCCAGAAGAGCCUUGUACAGUGACUUUAGAAUCACUUGUUUCAGAGGUUCUAACUUCUUCUGGAAUCACCACUGAUCCUCUAAAUUCAUUGCUUGCCGUGGAGCCCACAGUCAUGACUGGGAACGAUAAGGCUACCACAUCUUCAGUGUCAAUUAUUCCAGAGGUUCCAAACCUCUCAGAAACAAUUUCUGCCCCUCUUUCAAGUACUAUUCCAGCUGUAGAACCCACAGCAUGGCUAAUGUCAAGCAAAGCUGCCCCGAUGAAUGAAGAAUCAACGGUCUCUUCACUUAUAGCACAGCCAUCUACGUCCUUGGCAGUCUCUCCUGUUUUAUAUGACUCAGUCACGACUCACGAACCAUUGGACACAAGCAUUCUAAGCGUCUGGUACCCGGGAACCUCCACUGCAAGUCAAGCGGAACCUUCUACCAUUUCACAAGAAAUAAAACCUAGUAUCUUAACACCUACAUCUUCAGCAAGCGUAGAAGUUUCAUAUCUCAAUGACUCUGACAUAUAUUUAAGUACAGAAGCUUUACCAAUGUCAACGACGUAUUGUACAACUGAGAGUUCUUCGAUGGACACACCUUUGCUGAGCACGCAACCGUCAACACCUUCUCAGUUUCAUUCCACAGAUGAAGGGGCCAUUACGUUUUUUUGUCCAAGCUUUGAAUCUUCACUGGUUUCACCUGUUACGCUGAACGUUAUCACAGAUUCUGUAGAUGCCACCAACACAGCGGAUAUCACCAGCAUUUUAACCAAAAAUGAAUUGCAUAGUGUAUUUCCAAGCAUGGGGCUCUCUGUGGAGCUAGGGUCAACCACCAGCCUUAAUCUGUCUCUGGACAUAGCUCCGUUUCCAUCCAGCUCUACGGGAUACGAAGUACCCACCUCCGUUGUGCCAGACGUGUCAGGAACUCCACUGAUUACUAGUAAGGAAGCUAUCUUCACACUGUAUUCUAGCCCAUGGACUGCUCAUACACCUCUCAAUGAUGAGAUGAUUGGACUGUCCAAUAUUGUUACUUCUGAAUUAAAACACACAGAGUGGACAUCAAGAGGUUACUUGGAAACGAUAUCCACCACUUCCUCAGGGCAAAUAGGGCCGAGUAUCCAAAGUACUGUAGUCUCAGACACAACGUUUCUUGAGGAGUCAACCACUCAAGUCUUGGACACUGUCUUCUCUUGGAGUUCAGUGGUUCCAUCAUCUACUUGGAAUUUAGACAAUUUCGUUUCGUCUGCAUAUUUUACAAGCCUUGUGGACUCCGCUCUUAUUGAGGGCUCGUCUAUGGACACUUCCUUUCAGUCCCAAAGUGUAGAACUGGAGACAUCAAUGUUUUCUGUGAUAGACUCUACCAUUUUUAUGCCUUCACUCACUGAGCAUUUCUUUUCUGCCACAGCCUCUGUCAUCGUAGAACCGUUCCUUGACACAACGGCUAUGUCGGUGUCAACCCCUGCUCUCGAUAGUUUCCUUUUUGAACCCUCAAACACAAAGGAGGCUCCAGCUUUUGCGGCCACAGAAUCUGUUGUGUAUUUUAGUCAAACGUGGCUUCCGUCGGAAGAGUCUGUGAAUAUUUCCGACUUUGCAACUUUAUCAGUGGAUUUAACUGUAGAGCCAAGCAGCCUGUGGCCUUCAUUAUCUGAAGAAGCUCUCACACCUUUGACUUCUUUAGGGUACAGUGAACUAUCCAAAAAUAUUUCUCAGGGCUUGUCUGCUGUGCUUGCAACUUCAGAUUUUAUUUUAAGUAGCUCUGUGUUGGAGCCUGAUUUUAUACCCACCACUGAAACUAUUAAUUUUGAGGGCUCGGGAGACAUGCCUUGGCAGACCUCCAUCACCAACUCAUUUUCCUCUCUGACUCCCUUUCUCAGCACUGAGUGGACAGGUGACAGUUCAAGUGUCUUCUCGGAAUCCUCUGAACUUUUGGAGGCUACGUCUGUCUUGCAGUUGGAUCCUGGUGUUCUCUAUACCUCAAAUGCUACAGGUUCUACCUCUCCACUUCUGCCUUUACUGUCUUCUUCUGCCGUACCGGAGACACUCACCUCCUCUAUUGGUUCUGAUCAUACCAGCAGUGCUUUGAUCGAGGAGACACUUCAAACAUCCCUGGUUGUGUCUAACACUCCCGUAACAGGGGUUUCAGUUAUCAUGACUUCGUUAGGGACUGCAAGUACAUUUUUUCCUCCAGUGAAUCAUUUUGAUACAUCUACAGCAGAAUUGCCAUCCACCCCGAGUGUGCCACUCACACUAAGUUUGACUCCCACUUUGAGUACAUCUUUCAGUUUAAUCAUGAAACCCACCACAAGCUUGCAACCCAGUCCAAGCUCCAACAUAUACUCUUCCCCUACGGAAUCUAGCUUAGUUGUAGCUACAUCUUUUGUUCCGACUCUGCCUCCCGAGUCAACGACCAGGACAGAGAACACGGUGUCAACAAUGAGUACCACAACAUCCAAAGCCACCGGCACCACUUAUAGCACGACCACGGCAUCUCCCACACCCCACGUGCCCAUCACACCUCCUUCUGCCAUCACAGCUUUGACUUCUCCAACCACCACCAGACCGCCUCUCCUGUGUGAUAUCACCAACCCCGAGCCCUAUCUGGUCACUGCGGUUGUCUUACGGGGGACAGAUAUUGUGAAUCUCACAGAAUCCAUCAAGAAUCUGCUAACGAUUCAGUUUAACCGAUCCGUAGAGCUUGAGGUGUAUGCGCCAUACCCAAGGCUGUCGUUUAUGGUGACCUCCGGGCCCUUUGUCUACACUUCAUUUGCUGUUGAAAACGCCUUGAGCCUCAGUAGUCUCCUCCAGGGCCGAUAUCCACCCAUCCUUUCCCUGCAGACAACCGGCACGGCGCUGGACCAAAGAUACCACAUCCAGACCGUUCUCCAGUUUGUCCCGCAGUCCGUCGACAUCCGGCUGUGUACGUUCAGUGAGCAGAUACAGAGGGGGCUGAGUCUUGCUCUGUACGAAGUGCGGAGAUGGCGUCAGGAGGACAAUAACUUUACCCUGCAGAUAGUGAAUAUUACAAGCGGUGCGUCCUGGAAGGUGUUUCGGAGAUCUCCGGUCACCAUCUCCUACACCGUUAAGGAACGCGGCGGUUAUCUGAACGGAUCUGAAGUUAGUGACCAACUGAGGAACCUGAGCCUCGUGGAGUUCAGCUUUUUCCUGGGGUUUCCCGUAAAGCAGAUCGCAGAACCGUCUCGUUACCCGCAGCUCAAUGUGUCUCCUUCGCUGAAGGACUCGUGGCUCAAGACAGUCCUGCUUGGAGUGAUGGAGCCGCAUCUCCAGGAUGAAGCAUUUCAGGCAGAGAUGGAGAGGAAAUUGGCUCAACUGAUCGGCGAAGCCACCAUGCAGAAACGCAGGUGGAAAAGGGCAAGUUUUGCCGGCGGCAAUACAGUCCAGGUGGUGAACGUCUCGCGUCUGGAAGGCUCCGAUGACCCCGUGCAGCUGAUCUAUUUUAUAGAGGAUCAGUACGGAGGACGGCUUUCUGCGGCUAAGGCUUCAGAUCUGAUCAACGAGGUCAACAUCCAGCGGGCGGCCAUCAUCAUGGGCUACCGCCUGCAGGGUGUCGUCGCGCGGCCCUUAAACCAGGUGCCUGAACCCGACCGUCAGAUGCAGAACUUGUGGAUCAUUGUCGGCGUGGUGGUCCCGGUACUGGUGGUCACCGUGAUCAUCGUCAUCCUUUACUGGAAGCUGUGCAGGACGGACAAGCUGGACUUCCAGCCGGACACAAUGAGCAACCUACAGCAGAGGCAGAAGCUGCAGGCCCCGUGCGUCAAAGGCUUCGACUUCGCUAAGCAACACCUGGGCCAACACAAUAAAGAUGAAAUUUUGGUCGUCCACGAGCCACCCCCACCGGUCCUUCACGGACCCCUCAAGGACUCCACUCCGUCUGAGAAUGGAGAGGUUCCGACCCCAAAGUCCAAAGGCUCGUCCAAACCCCUAAAAGUGGCUAGGCAUCGCGGGAGCAGAAUUACCCCCUCUGACACUGGAUCAACCGCCAGUGAACCGUCCAGUGGGAAGGAAUCUGCAGAGGAGGGAUCGCCCAGACCUUCUGCACCCCCUCGCGAAAUCAAAUCACGCCCGGUAACCAAAGGAGAGAUGCCGGUGUUGAGCAGCGGCACCGAACAGCACUCCUCCGCCUCCAUAUUUGAACACGUGGACCGGAUGUCUCGUUCGUCCGAGGCCAGCAGGCGAUUCCCCAGCAAGAUCCAGCUCAUCGCUAUGCAGCCCAUCGCGGCUCCUCCGAUGCACGGACUCUCCAUGUCUGAACGAGAAGUCGAGGCCAACAAGAUCAACAGGGAGAUUCAGACGACUCUGCGCCACAAGUCAGAAAUCGAGCAUCAUCGUAACAAGAUCCGGCUGAGGGCCAAACGCAAAGGUCACUACGAGUUUCCACUGGUGGACGUGGUGGGAAUGACGGACACCAAGGAGAGGCAGCGCAUGUACCGCAAGGCUCAGAUGCAGUUUGAUAAGAUCCUAGAUCCCGUCUCGGGGGUUCCUACAGUCUUCAUCGAACCAAGGAGGAGCUCCAGAGCAAGGCGUUCUCCGAAGCAGCGCCGCAGACAGCCGGGGUCUGGAAGCCCGCCGGACGCUGACAGAGAUCGUCUCAUCGCUACUGAUAGUGACGGGACUUACAAGAGACAGCCGGGGGUCAGUAACUCGGCCUAUGUGUCGGACCCAGAUCUCCCCUCUGACAACCCGACGCCGGUUUCCGACCUGGGGAAAUUCCCCGGCUCUCCGCAUCGGCCCCCGGCUCCUGCACAGUAUGUGGCCCCUCAACCUUCCAUUGAAGAAGUUCGGCAAACUAUGCAGUCUCUGCUUGACGAUGCCUUUGCCCUGGUGGCUCCGGGCAGCCAGACCUCUGGUGUUCCAGGGGUCACACAGACCAGUGGCCCUUCAGGGCCGCAGCCUGUAAGCAGCACUCCAGCUCGCACCGGACGGACUCCUGCACCGUGGGGGAGUCCUUAUGCCCCUCAUCAAGCAUCACACUUCAAUAGGUACGUGGAUUAUAACAUGGCCCAGCCUCCUGCUCCGAAUCACCUAACAAGAAAUCCUGGUUUUGGGUCGGGCUUCCUGCACUCAGCAGAGGUGGCACAGACAGACCCCCAGCAGGCAGAUAGCCAGUACCCUGCCAGGGGUAUUUACUCAGAGGAGAUACCUCCGGUAGCAAGACCGCGGCCCCUUGGAAGCACUGCAGGUUCUGCCCAGAUCCACCAACUGACACAGGUGGGAAUAGCCAGCAGAAUCGGUGCUCAGACCUCAGAACUGCAAUCCAACAAGGUGGGGCAACCUCCGGCAGCAGCUCCUGGCUGGUCCUCAUAUUACCACCCCGAUGAGGAGUCCACACGGAACAUCACCCACAGAGAACCCAGUCACCAGCAUGGACCCCAGGAUUAUGGGGCAUCUCAGAUGUUCUCAGGGAACAGAGUUCCAGGUCGCCAGCCUUUGCCGACCAAUCAUCUCACACCCUCCAUCUGUUACCCCUCGGGCUCAGCUGAGGACCUCCACCCUGGUCAUUCUUCCGCGUCCCUCAUUAAGGCCAUCCGGGAGGAACUUCUGCGCCUCUCUCAAAAGCAAGCAGUCGUGACCACCUACCAUAGCUGAUUGGGGCAGUCGCUGGUGGCUUCACAUCUGCUUCCCGUGGAAGCUGGAAGAGAUGUCGGGCAAAUCAGAGGACGAGAUGUAACAGAGACGUUGGAGAAGACUUUUUGAGACUUCCUUGGAACCGGAUUGGUUGACCAACACGUUGUCCAGCAGAGCAUCCAUGGAAAGGCUGGACGCGGCCAAGAGGAGAUGCUCGUCCAUGGGCCGUACGUACAAAACCUUACAUACAGGUUACACAAAAAUACUUGGGAACAGGGUGAAUUUUAUACAUUUUGGGACUCCGUAUAGUAAGAUUAGACUGAAGCAGGGUGGAUGUUGAUAAACGACUCGAUCAAAACUGUGGUUGGUGUCAUAACGUUGUUUAGCUUAGAAAGGGUCCCGCAGUUCUCCAACAUUACUGGGGGCUCUUCUAUCGUGGGACCACUCCAAAAAACACAAGUAGUCUGAUAAAACAAAAGUGCGAUUUUACAGGAAAAAGGCAAAUUCCUGCACGUCUACUGUUACCAACGAACGUUCUUCCCUAAAAAAACGGAAUUCAUCUAAAAAAAACACAACUUUGCCGAUAAGCAGAAUGGCCUGUGCUAGUCUUAGACGCGAUCGACUGAAGAAGGGGUUAAAAUGCCGAACGCCAGUCGGACUUGAGGCAAAUCUGUACCCAAGAGCUUGCAAUCACAAAGUGCCAUGAACAACACUCUACAAGCAAUAACAAUCCUACACGUGGCGUGGUGCAUUUGCCUGGAGGACUGACUCGUUGGUGACAUCUGGGUAAACCUUUUUUCGGGUUUUCAGUAUAUCGCGUAGGCAAAAGAUCUACCGAUCCGUGUCAGAUCUAAAAAUCGGUCUAAAAAUCUUUUUUUUUUUUAAUAGUGGGGUGAAAUAUUUUUUUAAA